GGCGCAGCGGCAGAUCAGCAGAGACGGACGCGGCUGGCAACAGAAAUUCGGCACGGUUACAGAGAAGAGUCGGAAGGCCAAAAACGGAUAAGUACAAACGGGCCGGCCGGGCCUUAUAAAUGUCGCCUGGCGUGGCUCCGGCGGAAUUGCGCAGCGCAAACAAUUCGCUAAGCGCGCGCCGGUAUCUCGCUUUGUCACAUGGUAUCCGCCAUGUAGGCAUCCCUCACGUGGCAAAAGGAAAAGACUUCCGUACAGGGAAAUUUUUUUCUCUUUCCUUUUUUCUCAAGGGUUUUUAGGGAAUAGUAGUAUUCUAAGGAUCCGAAGUACUGUACAUACUUGAAUUGAGAAAUCUGAUACUGAAAGAUUAAGAGUCAAAUUGAACUACUAACUGAGCGAAUGAACGAACCAGGCACUUCAACGACCCCGGUGCUUACGAGCGCCCCGGAAAUCGGGACUUUGUACGGAAGUGAAGUCCAGGCAGCGUUCGAGAUGAAUUACACAUCCAACAUAAUGAUCGCAGUCAGCAUGACUGAACCUGCUAAGGACAUAGAAACCAUGGUCGAGAGCGUGAUAAACUACUCCUUGUCCUUGCCAAAGCCUAUAGAGAAGGAAAUACCAACUGAGAUAACCGAGGCAAAGAGAUAUAUACUCAAAGAGCUUGAGGAAUCCGAAAGGUUCAAAGUGUUAUUGGCAGCAAGCAGCAUGAGCUUGAUGAAUAAAUACUUUCCAAAAAUCACGGAAUAUAGGGACAGAUUCAGAAAUGGCAAUAGAAAGAUCGCACACGCAAUGUUGAAGAACCUCCCCUAUCUCGUGACGGAGAAUGGAUUCUCAUGGCAGAAGAAGCGCGACGCUGGACACGUUUUAGCGGCACUAAUUGAAUCAGCCAACCUGAAUGAAAAGAAUAUCAGAAACGACGCCUUCGACGAAUUAAUCGUCAUAUUGACGCUCAUCAGGAACUGGACAGGAGAAAACGUCAGGGUCAUAAAAGAAAUAGUCAAACUCGCAGGGAAAUACGAUGAAAAAUACGAGAAGAACGACAUCAACCACCCACCUGCGCGGACACUCUUACCGCUCUUAUUAACUGGAUAUCCUACCGCAGGAACGAUCGACAUUGAUCAAUGGUACCACGGAGAGGCAAAUUACAAAAAAUGCAAGGUUAGCUACGAAAAAAUGGUAACAGACUUUGCGGACAACGUAUGGCCGAAGAUGCACUCUCAGGCAAAGAAGAGAGAAGCAGGCGUGUUGAACACUAAACAACGCAUCUUGUUGCAAACUACGAUAGAAAGCAUUGGGUGCACUGAAGCCGACUUCCGAAGCGAACAACUUGGCAUCGCACACCAAGGCGGGAUACAUGCGAUACAGACAGCCGGGAACAAACAAGAAAAAACCAGGGUAAACAAGUACGCUACGAACCCAGAAAAGGUUUUAAGCAUACUCAUGCGAAUUCUCAAUGAACAACCGGAGAUAUGCCCAAAUUGCUUACGGAUUCACAAGUUAGAAGACUGCAAUGCACUCGCCGAUAGUCCUCGCGAAAAUAUGGCCGCCUACUUGAUGCCCAACUACAGCUUCACAGCGAAAAACUUGAUACCGAAAUCAACCGUAUACACCACGACCUUCAUACGCAGACGGCGGGGGUACAUGACGCCAUCGCCGCAAACGAUGAACGCGUCAGACAACAUACUGACAUUGUCACCCAACAGGUCAGCGACGGUGUCCACCAUGCGCUUCAGACUAACCAAGACAUGGUCCGGCGACACACCGACAUAGUCACCAACCAGGUUCACGCACAGUUGGCGCACCAUAACAACGACAUUGCCCAGGCCGCACUGACUUUUUCCAACGCCCUAGUGCACGAUGUGGACGGUGCCUUAAAGCGUCAACGACACGAGAUGCAGUCGACUCUCCGACAAAUGACCAAGCACAAGCGGCACCAACUCGACGACACUCGCCACGGUAACUCCAAGCUUUCACAUUUCCAACACCAGCGUACUGAAGAUGAACGAUCAAAUGACGCCCACCCAUCCGUCCUUGAUCAACAGCCUACAGUCGAAGAGCCCUACCUGAUGCCACUGACACCAAUCCUCCGCCCACAACUACACAUUACCAAUCCUGUCACCGAUGUUUCCGGGGCGGCCGACGCCGACGCUUCCGGGGAGGCCCUUGUAGAUGACGUUUCCGGGGAGG